CGCCCCGCUCGCUCCGUCCCGGGCCCAGCACCAGCCAAACUUGGCGGCCACGCGACGAGACGAGACGCCGCACGGCCACACCCCUACGGCCAGCCGACCCGACCCGAGCCUCCCCGUCCCGCCGCCACCGAUGGUCGCCGUCUUCAACAAGGACGUGCUGAGCUGGUACCUCAUCACCAUCAAGCUCAGGGAGGCCGUCGACGCCAACCUCCAGAAAUCCCCGGCGCAGGAGCAGCAGCGGGCGCGGGGCCUGCCGCUGCCGCUCACGAACGGCGCCGCGCCACCGCCGCCGCCGCCGCCGCUCCAGCGCCAGCCGGAGCAGGACCGGGCGCAGUCCCCGGCGCACAGCCCCAAGCCGCAGGACUCGGAAUGGGUGAUCGCCAUCCGCGGGAAGCUGGCGCAGGCGCGCGCCGAGGAGGCGGCGUGCCCCUGGGCGCGCCUCUCCGUGUACCGCGUUCCCAGGUGCCUCCGCGACGGCGACGAGCGCGCCUACACGCCGCAGGUGGUCUCCGUCGGCCCGCUCCACCACGGCCGGCGCCGCCUGCGGGAGAUGGACCGCCACAAGUGGCGCGCGCUGCACCACGUGCUCAAGCGCACGGGCCACGACAUCACGGCGUACCUCGGCGCCGUGCGGGCGCUGGAGGACCGGGUGCGCGCCUGCUACGAGGGCCGCGCCGCCGGGAUGGGGAGCAAUGAGCUCGCCGAGUGCCUCGUCCUGGACGGGACCUUCGUGCUGGAGCUCUUCCGCGGCGCGCUGGACGGCGGGAAGGGGUUCGUCGACGACCUGGGGUACUCGCGGCACGACCCCAUCUUCGCCAUGCGCGGCGCGAUGCACGCCGUGCGCAACGACAUGAUCCUGCUCGAGAACCAGAUCCCGCUCUUCGUGCUCGACCUCCUGCUCGGGAUCCAGCUCGGCCACCCAGAGCAGACCGGCGCCGUCGCCAGCCUGGCCGUGCGGUUCUUCGACCCGCUCAUGCCCACCGACGCGCCGCUGCUCCGCAAGGACCGGUCCAAGCUGGAGUCGUCCGUCGGCGCCGAGGCCGCGGCGGCGUUCGACCCGCUGUCCGACCCCAUGCUCCACUGCCUCGACGUGUUCCGGCGCAGCCUCCUGCGCGCCGGCCUGCAGCCCAUGCCGCCUCCCCCCGCGCGGCUGUGGCUCAAGAAGUGGUCCGGCCUGCGCCGCGUGGCCGACAAGCGGCGGCAGCAGUUCGUGCACUGCGUGUCGGAGCUCCGGGAGGCCGGCAUCCGGUGCCGGCGGCGCAACACGGACCGGUUCUGGGACAUCAAGUUCGACAACGGCGUGCUCCAGAUCCCGCGGAUCCUCAUCCACGACGGCACCAAGUCGCUGUUCCUGAACCUGAUCGCGUUCGAGCAGUGCCACAUGGACAUCGCCACCCCGGGCGGCAACAACAUCACCUCCUAUGCCAUCUUCAUGGACAACCUCAUCAACUCGGCGGAGGACGUCAAGUACCUGCACGACCGCGGCAUCAUCGAGCACUGGCUCGGCAGCGACGCUGAGGUGGCCGACCUCUUCAACCGCCUCUGCGACGAGGUGGUGUUCGACAUCAACGACAGCUACCUCUCCGGGCUGUCGGACCAGGUGAACAGGUACUACGAGUACAAGUGGAGCACGUGGGUGGCCAGCCUGAAGCACAACUACUUUAGCAACCCGUGGACGAUCGUGUCCGUCGUCGCUGCUGUGUUCCUGCUCCUGCUCACCACCAUGCAGACCUUCUACAGCGCCUACAGCUACUACCGGCCGCCCCAUUGAUCGCCGGGCAUCAUGGUCCUUUAAAAACUGGCCCAAAAUUUGAUCUUUUCCGUACUGGCGCCCCGCAACCUUUGAAUUGCUAGUUUGCUGAUUCGGUCGAGUGAGGCGAAGUAACAGAUUUCUUGCCUUUUGAUUUGUGUUUUGGUUUUGGUUAUUUAUCAGGGAAGAUUUCUUACAUUUGAGUUGUGGGAGAGGCAUUUGACCAGCAAUUUUUUUUGUCAAUAUAUAAUUUGAUCUUGUAUUGCGUAUGUAAAGGAUUUGGAUAAGGAUAAAUAACACAUAUUGAGGACUAGAAAGUUUCAUGCCCACCUCUUUUUAGGGUAUCAGUAGUGCGUGAAAUAAAGGAGGUCUUAAGGUCUUUGAGGUCGACCUCAUACAUAGUGGAGCCGGUCUUAGAAGGGGAUCCUAACAGAAAAGUUUGAGGCCGGCCUCAAGUUUGAGAUCCGACCUUAACGAAUAAAAAAUUCAGAGAGCACGAACGGGGAGGAGGCGGCGCCCGAGAAUGACCGAAGAUCCAGGCAAGUAGCAAGACCUGCUGUCCUCGUCGGCUGGUGACCUGCAGCCAAACCACCGGAGUUGCGCCUGCGCGCCACCGAUGCCCUGCGUUGCUCCACCGCAAGAGACCCCACCUGCGCGUGUGGACGCCGUUCGGGGCGCGGCCUUGCGCGGGCGGAACGGAGCUAGGGAAGAGAGCCAAUAGGCUCUGUGUGGAGGCGUGGUCGCCUGGCUGGUAUCCGGCGGCGCAGCGCCGGAGUAGAACUAGACGGGCAGCGGCAGCGGGCUUGGCGUGGAGGCGCGGCUGGCCACCAGCGACGACCCACAGAGGCGCGGUGCCGGAGUAGAACUAGGAGGGCAGCGGCAGCAAGCUUGGCAUGGAGCGUGGCUGGCCGCCGGCGACGAGGCGUGGCCGUGAGGAGAUGGAGGCCCCAGCGCUGGGAACGGGAGCUCCAAUCUGCGGCGGCGCAGGAGGCAGAAAAGCGAGGCACAGGAAGAUGCGACGUGGAAGAAUGGAUGAGUUUCUUUUUCCUUUUUUAAUAUAGAAAGUGUUGCGACCUGAGUAUAGCAGAGUCAAUUAACGUAUCACAAGCUGUUUUGGAGGCCCGCGAGAGACGCUUGCCAGUCCACCGCAGCGCAGCCGCCGCGGAAUGAUCCAGGGAGUCGGGCAGUCGGCCGACGGGGCGAGCCGCGCCGCCGAUGAGUCCCCGUCCUUUCUCCGCCC